AUGACCACCGCUCGCACCAAGAAGGCCGACGCUGACGCCGCUGCCCACGCUGCCGCCACCCCCGUCGUCGCUGCCCCCGUCAAAGCCGCUCCCGUCAAGAAGGCCAAGGCCGCUCCUGGCGCCAAGAAGGACUCCGAGCACCCUACCUACAAGGAGAUGAUCAUUGCCGCCCUCGUCCACCUCAAGGAGCGCAACGGCUCCUCCCGCCAGGCCUUGAAGAAGUACAUUCUCGGCAACUACAAGGUUGGCGAAAACUCGGAUCAGCACUUCAACGCUGCCGUCAAGCGCGGUGUCGAGGCCGGUGACUUCACCCAGCCCAAGGGUCAAUCUGGCCCCGUCAAGCUCGCCAAGAAGGAGCCCAAGAAGAAGGUCGUCAAGGAGAAGAAGGAGACCAAGGAGAAGAAGGCCAAGAAGCCCGUUGCCAAGAAGGCUGCCCCCAAGAAGCCCGCUGCCAAGAAGGAUGUCGCCAAGAAGGACGCCACUAAGAAGGCUGCCCCCAAGAAGGCCACCGCUGUCAAGAAGGCCGUUAAGAAGGCCGAGGCCAAGAAGCCCAAGGAGAAGAAGGCUGCUGCCUCCAAGGAGAAGAAGGCCAAGGCCCCCAAGAAGGCCGCCCCUGCCCCCAAGGCCUAA